AUGAUGGUGAAGAAAAAUGAAACAUUUUCGAUUCUUACUGAAAUCGAUUACUCAUUUACCGUGAUGCUAAUUGGUGAUAGUUGCUGUGGUAAAACUUGUUUGUUGAUUCGAUUUAAAGAUGGCGCCUUUCUAAAUAAUAAUUUUAUUGCCACUGUUGGAAUUGAUUAUCGAAAUAAAUUGGUUGAAAUAGACAAUGCUAAAGUUAAGUUGCAAAUUUGGGAUACAGCUGGUCAAGAAAGAUUUCGCGCAAUAACAACAACAUAUUAUCGUGAUGCUGAUGCUCUUCUUCUUGUUUAUGAUUUAACAAAUCGACAAAGUUUUAUUGAUAUUCGAGAUUGGCUUACACGAAUUAAAGAAAAUGCUAAGGAAACAGUGCUGAUAACACUUGUUGGCAAUAAAAUGGAUUUACAAAGUAGUCGGAAAGUGGAAUAUGAAGAAGGAAGACAACUUGCCGAAGCUUACAAUAUUGGAUUUAUAGAAACAAGUGCUAAAAGUGGUCAAAAUGUGAAAGAGACAUUUCAGGAAAUUACACGAAAACUUAUCAAAAUGCAAAAUGGUGAAAAUGUAAACAAAUCAACAAUCGAACUUAUUGGUACAUUAUCAAAGAGCUCUUCUUGUUGCUUAACUUUCUGA